AUGGGCCGUUACGGCCACGAAUUUCUUGAAUUUGAGUUCCGUGCUGAUGGAAGAUGUCGUUAUGCUAACAAUUCAAAUUAUCGAAAUGACAGUCUAAUAAGAAAAGAAAUGUACGUUAGUCCCUUGAUGAUGAAAGAAUUAAAACGGGUCAUUCAGGAGAGUGAAAUUAUGAAAGAAGACGAUCAACGAUGGCCAAAAAAGAAUGUUGUUGGGCGACAAGAACUUGAAAUUAGAUUGGGUAAUGAACACAUCUCAUUCGAGACAGCAAAAAUUGGGUCACUUGUUGACGUGCAAGAAAGUGAUGAUCCUGAAGGUCUACGUGUAUUUUAUUAUUUAGUACAAGAUCUUAAAUGUUUGGUCUUUUCAUUGAUCGGGCUACAUUUCAAGAUUAAACCUAUCUAG